AUGAACUUUACGUCUUUUUUUUUGUUAAAUGAACUUAUUUCCUUGAUUGAUGAUUUUGGCAAUGAUUGUCUUGUUAAUGCCACCAGUUCUUCUAACAACUUUGAUCUUCCUAAUGACACUGGUCCUUCAUGCAACCCUUUAAUAUUGAAUAAUAGCAACUCAGAUAAUGCUUUUGGUAAUGAUCAUCUUUCUGUUGAUGCUGGUCCUUCUUUUUAUAGCUUUUUUGCAAAAGAUACUUUUAGAGAAGAUCAAUUUUCUGGUGACACUAGUCCUAAUAGUGAGGUUAUGACUGAAUCUGUUAGUACAGAUUCUGAAGACUAUGAAGAUUUGGAGGAUUGGAACAACAUAUUAGAGUUAAAAAUUAGGCUUACCUUUGUGAAUUGGGUAGAAUUUAAAGCAUGGUUAGAUAGUUUUGCUAAAAACCAAAGAAUCAGCUAUAGGGUUAGGACUAGUCAGAUGGAUGGAGAAGUAACAUGUCGUGCUACUUAUGAAUGUUCAAGAUCAGGUAUACAUGAAUCACAGCUUUACAACGAAGUAAGUAUCCUUGACGACUUAAUAUUACUUGUCCAAAGACAAGUAAUAUUCUAA